AUGGCCGAACAGCUCGACGUACCGGAGAGCUCCAAUGGCUCUAAUGGAGCGUCCCCGCGAUCAAGCACUGAUUCUCGUCCACCGUCAACCGGAGGCCGGACUCCUCGACUAUCCUCUCACGCCUCGAACCACCAACAUCGACAGAGCUUCAGCGAAUCUCUCCGCGCAGCACCUAGCUCCCCGCGUGCCCGACGCCAGCCUUCGCUCACACAGGCCGCUAUACAGAGCUUAAUCGACAAUCCCCCAGCUCCGCACAAUAUGAAUCCCGCCUUUGCUGGUCGAGAUUGGCGCGAAAUCUCAAUCGGCGAGCUGGUGACCGCGAAUGACCUGAGGUUCGUGGAGGUUGAUACUGGAAUCGAGGAUGCUACGAAUAUCCUUAUUGACUCUGAUGCUCCAGUGCUGUUGAUUCGCGAGACGCCCGAGCACAAGACAGCUGUUGGGACCUUUGAUUAUAGCGACCUCAACACGUACCUCCUACUUGCAGCUGGUUUGACCAGGCCCGAUGAAGGCUUACUUCCUGCUUAUGAGGAGCUUGCCCGCAAGGCUCGCGAGAACAUUCCGAUCCCGAUGAGAGACGUGAAGGAGCUGGGCAGAAAGGAACCGCUGACGACGCUCCCGGCGUCUGCCAGCUUGAUGACGGCAGUUGAAACAUUUGGGGGUGGGGUGCAUCGUGUGGUCGUGAUUGAUGAGCGACGAGACAACGAGGUCCUAGGCAUUGUCAGUCAAUUUAGGCUCGUCAAGUUUCUCUGGGAGAAUGGCCGGUGCUUUCCAGUGCUAGACCAACUGUACCCACAGUCGUUGCGAGAUCUGAAGAUUGGUUCUCACGCGGUCAUCUCAAUCAAUGGCGACAAGAUGCUCUCUGAAGCGCUGCAGCUGAUGCAUAGCGAAGGAAUAUCGUCAGUGGCCGUUGUCGACAAUCACUUCAACGUUGUUGGAAACAUAUCUACCACAGAUGUUAAGCUCCUCACGAGGUCAUCAUCACUCCCUCUUCUAAGCAAUACGUGCACACAUUUUAUCUCAGUCAUCCUCUCGACGCGCGGCCUUCAAGAGGGCAAGGACUCAUUCCCUGUGUUUCACGUAAACCCAGCUUCGACCCUAGCCCAUACAGUGGCUAAAGUAGUGGCUACCAGGUCGCACCGCUUAUGGGUUACCGAUCCCUAUUCACCGUCGUCAUCAGGGCCUCCUACCCCCUCUCACUCAAUGGUGCACAUUCCACUCCAAUCACCGCCUGAAUCUCUCAAUCCGCCCGUGGCCAAUGUGCAGCCGGUCGGCCAACCAACACAAGGGCCUUAUGUAAGCCCUGCACCUCUUACACCAUCGAUUCCAGCGUCUGCUCUACCGGGGGCUCGACUCUCCGGGCGUCUCGUGGGCGUGGUCAGUUUGACUGACGUCUUGAACUUACACGCGCGAGCUAGCGGGCUAAGCCCGGCGGAUCCAGCAGAGAGUCGCAGUCGGCGACGACGAAGUAGUAGCUCGAGUAUUAGUGUGCGGCGAAGCGGUGAGAUAGGGCGAGAACUAUUUAGCCGGUGA